AUGAUUGCCGAGGCUGCCUGCUCGCACAUGCAGGUGACGGCUGCACUGCAGCCGGAACCCCAGGCGGCCCCUCAGCAGCAGCACAAGCAGGAGGAGCAGCCACAGCAGCAGCAACCGCGGCAGCCUCAGACCCCCGCGCCUGGCCCCGCCGCGCCGGCCCCUGUGCCCGCGGACGCCUCUGCUGCGGCGCCGGCGCCGGCGGGGUCUCCGCAGCACAACGCGUCCGGAUCCCCGGCCCCCUCUGUUGCGUCGGCCGCGUCCCUCACAACAACCGCCACUGCAGCGACGACGGCGGCGGCGGCGGCGCGGCGGCGCGCGGCGGAGCAGGAAGCCGCGAAGAAGGCGCGCCGCGCGGCGGCAGGGUCCGAGGCCGUGCGCGACCAGAUCCGCCGCCUGGUGGUGGGCGGCCCCCAGUCCGUCGAGGACAAGGCGCGCGCCAUUGAGGUCUCAGACUCAGAGGACGACGACCUAGAAACGGUCGACGCCGCAGCCGCAGCAGCAGCAGCAGCAGCAGCAGCGGCGUCGGCGACGGGCCGGCCGGGCAGCGGCGCGGCGGCCAGGGAGCGGCAUGCGCCCGACGUGGAGGAGGCGCUCUGCCGGUCCCUGCGCAACAACUUCGUGUUCAAGGGCAUCCCGGAGGACCUGCUGCACGAGGUGGUGUGCCGCAUGGUGCGCGUGGAGUUCCCGGGUGGCGCGACGAUCCUGCAGCAGGGUGACCUGCCCGAUGACGACGACCGCCUGUAUGUGCUGGUGGAGGGGUCCGCGGAGGUGGUGAUCACGGGGGCCGUGGACGUCAAGAAGAGCAGCGGGGGCUUCCGCCUGCUCGCGUGCUUGCUACGCCUCGCCGCUUGA